AUGUUGACCAAGAGCCUCCUCACCACUUCGGUCCUUGUAGCCUUUGCUGCCGCUGCUCCUCAGUACAGCGCCGCGCCCCAAGAGACUGGUGAUGGGCCAGCAGGCUACACCAACGCGGAUGCCAGCUUCUCCGUGACCUUCACGCCAGCUGCGACUCCCGCUUCUGUCUUCGGUCCUGACUCCCAGGUUCCCGCUAUUCCCACAGAAGCUGGCUCAGCUCCUCCCCGGAGGAGCUCUGAUGUAACUGGAGCCACCAGCCAUGGACCAUACUCUGGUACACCCACGACUACUGGAGCCGCUAAGGCGCCCACUACCAUUGGCACCGCCAUUGCUCCUCUGCCGCCGAACCCAACGGCUACCUACUACAACACCAAUGGCCUGCCUCAGAACCCCAUGCCCAUUCCCUACACACCAGCUGGCGGUCUUGGCACCAACGGUACCGAGCCUCGCUACAUGGUCAACAGCGACUUCGACUACGAGUCCAUCACCCUUGGUCUCUACCAGGAGUGGAUCGAGCUCGACUUGUUUAACAACGGUCUUGCCGUCUUCUCUACUCAGGACUUCCUUGACGCUGGUCUGACUGCUGAGGACCGCGCCUACAUUGCCUUCAUGGCAACCCAGGAGAGUGGCCAUGCUACUCUCCUCACCAACAUGCUCGGCGAGACUGCUCCUCCCCAGUGCACUUACAACUACCCAUACCGCACUGUCCGCGAGUUCAUCGACUUCAACAUCAAGGUCACUCGCUUCGGUGAGUCUGGUGUUUGGGGGUUCCUUGCCCACAUGGACUCUCGCGAGGUUGCCACUCUCCUCUCUCAGUCCAUCGCUACCGAGGCCCGCCAACAGAUCUCUUUCCGUCAGAUGAUGGGUCUUCAUCCCAUGCCCGUCUGGUUCGAGACUGGCAUUCCUCAGUCAUGGCAAUGGACCUACCUUGCUCCCUACAUCAGCUCCUGCCCCGAGAACACCACUCGUCUCGCAUGGCAGAACUUCCCCGCUUUGUUCAUCGACAACCAGCCCAACCCCAACCGCUUCUCUCCCAACGACACCAAGCCCCACGAGGUUGCCGGUGGCCGCGUCGCUGACCCUGCCGACUCCACCAUCCCCGCUGAUGAGAGCUGUGUGAACAUCAAUGGCACUGAGCACCCCGGCUACUCUUGCGGCCCAGCCAUCGCGCGCAACCGCUCUGAGCCUCUGUCUUUCCCCGGAAAGUUGGUCAACCUCACCUGGGAGAACCCCGGUCUUGCUGUCGGCCCCAAUAACUCCUACAUCACCGACACCACUGCUGGCGCCCCUGCCUUCGUCGCUUGGGUCUCGCAGCUAAACCUUACUUACACUCCUCUCGAGAUCACCGGUGAGAACACUGGUUUCACCUACCAGCCCGCCGGUGAGGUCUACGAGGGUGACCCAGCCGUUAACGGUACCAUGUUCGUUGCUCUUACUGACGCCAACCCUUACCUCACUCCCUUCAACUUGAGCAUGAUCAACCCUCACGUUGUCGCUCUUGGUCUUUACUCAUCUGGUUAA